CGAUUGGCUGUGUGUCCAGGCCGUCCGCUCUUUUGACUGCUCGGGAAAUGAGGAAAACGAGCGGCAUUCGCGUCUGAAGCGAGAGCGCGUGCCUUCUCCGUCAAGCGUGUCCUUCUCGGGACAUCCGUAACCAGGAAGUGCGUCCCUGGGCGGCCGUGUGUUAUGAGCGCUUUAAAAUCACGGUCGUGUAGUGAUUGUCGACGGAGCUCGGUGAACUCGCUCGUGCUGGGGUAUUACGUGAACGUCCCGCUGAUAUGACAUGUGCUUACUUCAGCUCAGAAUGAGUAAAGAAAUGGAGGAGUUUUCUCCCCUGGGCGACUCGGGACACGGAGGCGGGUCAGAGGAAGAAACAGAGGAGGAUGACGAGCCCAAAAUCUGUCAAGUAUGCGGCGACAAAUCCACAGGCUACCACUUCAACGCCAUGACCUGUGAGGGCUGCAAAGGCUUCUUCAGGCGCGCCAUGAAGCGACCGGCGCAGCUCUGCUGCCCGUUCCAGAACGCCUGUGUCAUCACGAAGAGCAACAGGAGACAGUGCCAGUCCUGCCGCCUCCAGAAAUGCCUCUCAAUCGGGAUGAAGAGGGAGCUGAUCAUGUCAGACGAGGCCGUGGAGAAGCGGAGGAUGCAGAUCAGGAGGAAGAGGUUGCAGGAGGAGCCUGUGACGCUCUCCCCUCAACAGGAAACUGUUAUACAGGAGCUGCUCACCGCACAUCACAAGACCUUCGACAUGACGUGCGCCAACUUCAUUCAGUUCCGGCCUUUAGAUCGAGAUCAGAAAUCCAUUUCUGAGCACGGUCUUGAACCAAACAGCGACAGUUUGUUUCACACAACCACACGCAAACCUCCGUCUGAAGAUGCAGUGCAGUGGACCAUCAGCUUUCCCUCGCCCUCAUCCCCUUCCUCUAGCUUUCAGAGUCCUGACAAUAAAGAGAGGAAGCGACUCAAAAAUUCCAUUUUCACCACUCUGCCACAUUUUACAGACCUCACCACGCAUAUGAUCAAGAAUAUAAUCAACUUCAGCAAAACGCUUACGAUGUUCAGGGCUCUUAUCAUAGAGGACCAGAUCGCGCUGCUGAAAGGAGCAACCUUUGAAAUCAUUCUGAUUCACUUCAACAUGUUCUUUAAUGAGGUGACAGGCAUCUGGGAGUGCGGCCCGCUGCAGUACUGCCUGGAUGACGCCAUGCGAGCUGGUUUCCAGCGCCAUCUACUGGACCCUAUGAUGAAUUUCCAUUACGCUCUGCGCAAGCUGCACUUACACGAAGAGGAGUAUGUGCUGAUGCAGGCCAUCUCGCUCUUCUCACCAGGUACUCCAGAAGAUCCUCAGCAAGCACAUGAACGCAGGUGUUAUUUUACCUCUCUUACCUCAUUCACAGAUCGCCCCGGAGUGACGAAUCACAACAUGAUCGACCGCAACCAGGAGACGGUAGCCCUCACCCUGAAGAGCUACAUUGAAGCCAAGCGCUCCAAUGCAGAUAAACAUCUGCUGUACCCAAAGAUCUUGGCGUGCCUGACUGAGAUGAGGAGUAUGAACGAAGAGUAUACUAAACAAGUGCUGAAAAUCCAGGACAUUCAGCCUGAUGUGUCUCCGCUCUUAUUGGAAAUAAUCAGCAAAGACAGCUAAGCCUUCACAGAGCCGAUGAGCCUUGAACCUCGCGCUAACCUUCAUCUGAGGACGCCAAGAACUGAAAUACAGCCCAGACCGGCGAGGACAAGGACUGCGCCUACUGUUAAUGAGCUACUGAACUGUCUGCAGCACACAACUGUAAUUGUAUUUUGAUAACUGUGUUUCUAAAUGUAUUCGUGUCCAAGCAAUCUUUUCACAAAAGAACAAUAUGGUUUGCAACCAGAUACAGGACGGCACUUAUUUUCUCUUACAUUUACUGCACGAUGGGGUCGGAUUGAUCGAUUUGAUCCAGGUUUUCGUCAGUUUGCAGGACGUAGAGAGGAGAUGCUGUAAGAGAACACUAUUAUGGCAGCAUAUACUUCUAAAACGUCAGUAUGAUACGUACAAGUAAUUUGUGUUAAUGGUCUGUCUUGACAAAUCUGUUUUAUUUAUUGUUCAUUUUUAAAUGCAAAAUAGUCGUAUAAGUUAACCGCUUCUAGGUAUGUUGUUCUUAUUAUAUUGAAAAAAAUAUAUAUGCAUACAUAGCGUAUAUCAUCAGUGCCAAUGUCAGACUAGAAUGUAAAUGAAGUUCUGAAUCUCAUAAAGAACAUGUUCAGGUCUUAAUUUGCUUAUAUAUAUAUAUAUAUAUAUAUAUAUAUAUAUAUAUAUAUAUAUAUAUAUGUUUUGCAUAAUAAAUGAAGCUUAAUUUUUAGGUCAGUUUUUAGGAAUUAUCACAAAUUAUUUACGCUUAUGCCAAUUUAAUUAUACUAAUGAGAAGAUUUUUUUUUAUGAAAGGAAAUUAGAAAACAGGCUUAUCUUAUGCGAAAUAUCGAUUAUUGUUUGUGCAAUGUUAGUUUGAUCGCAAUUAUUUUUCAUUACAGUAAUGAGAAUAAGAUCGUUUUUGCAUUUUAGAAAUGAGAAAAUAUCCCAAUUUUUUUGUAUGGUUACAUUUUCGAGAUAAUUUUUCAUUACAGUAAUGAGAAUCUUUUUUUUUAACAGUAAUGGAAAAACAGGCCUACUUUUAUGCAAAAUGUGUGCUUUUUUUUCAUUUUUGGACCUGGAUACGUUCUUGUCAGAUUUGGCGAGGCUGGGUGUCAAAAGAGUUGUGCUGGUCGUUUCAUGUCUGCUGUGAAUGAUUUCUAUUAGUAACAAAGCUUGCUUUAUUUUGCGCAACAUGAAUGUCAAGAAUCAGAGAGGCUGAAAGAGUUCGUUACGCAGACACUUUCUUGGGAAGUUACUGCCUUUUAAAAUGCUUCACUCAGGUGUGAGCGUAACCUUUUUCACUCGGUGCAUUCAGGGUUUAAAGACUUCAGGACAGCACUUAAAGGUCAUUUGGAUCUUUUCUGGUUGGUUUCGUCAAUAAAGCUAAAAAAGUUUAACUGUGACAAUCAAUGUGAAGAAUGUAAGCCAGUGUCGUGUGUGUGUAUGUGACAUGGCAGCGUAGAGCAGAUGUCGAGGGUUCAAGCUAGGAGUGCAGUAUUUUUUAGAAAGGACACAUUUGACUCAAAUACAAGCAGAGUAUUGUAAAACACAGACUCCUUUAAAAUGCCUUCAUGUUGGCAAGCUGUGUAGAUAUAGCAGUUAUUUCUAUAUCCUUUCUGCGACAUGAUGAGGAUUUCUACACAAUACACUCAGGUUUUCUGUCUCACUCAGUGGUUGUUUUCAAAGUAACAUUUAUAUGACCCUCUCAGGAAAAUAAAAUCUAAAAUUGAA